AUGGAGCAGUAUGAGAAGAAGCAAGCUGACACAAAAAUAAGGCUCCGGGGUUUUCCUGUUCAAACAUCAUCAGUCCCCUUGAUAUCCUCUACCGAAGCUAUACCUGACGUGGAGAAUGUUGCUACUAGCUUUUACCUUGAGGAAUCUGAUCUAAAAGCAUUGUUGGCUCCCGGUUGUUUCUAUAAUACUCAUGCUGGUUUGGAGAUUGUUGUUUUCUCAGGUAGGAAGGGCUCCCAUUGUGGAGUUGGCAUCAAAAGGCAGCAAAUUGGGAUUUUUAAAAUACAGGUAAGCCCUGAGUGGCAAGAAGGAAAGCCACUGACUCUUUUUAGUGGGUGGAUAGGUAUUGGGAAGAGGAAACCGGAGAACGGACGGGCAGUUGCCGAGCUACACUUAAGAGUUAAGCUAGAUCCCGACCCUCGAUAUGUAUUCCAGUUUGAAGAUGUUACCACAUUGAGUCCUCAGAUUGUUCAACUUCAAGGCUCCAUCAAGCAGCCAAUCUUCAGUGUCAAGUUUACUAAGGACAGGGUUUCCCAGAUUGAGCCAUUGAGCAAUUAUUGGUGUGGUUCUACGAUUUCCGACAUGGAGAUGGAGAGGCGAGAGAGAAAAGGGUGGAAGGUGAAGAUACAUGAUCUAUCUGGCUCAGCUGUAGCUGCAGCCUUCAUAACAACUCCCUUUGUUCCAUCUUCAGGUUGUGAUUGGGUUGCAAGGUCCAACCCAGGAGCUUGGCUAAUUCUUCGUCCGGACGCUUGUAGACCAGAGAGCUGGCAGCCGUGGGGAAAGCUUGAAGCUUGGCGCGAACGCGGCCUCCGAGACUCUGUAUGCUUUAGAUUCCAUGUCCUAUCUGAGGCUCGGGAAGGCGGCGAACUUCUCAUGUCAGAAAUAUUUUUAAGUGCUGAAAAGGGUGGCGAGUUUUUCAUAGACACUGAAAGACACAUGCGGACUGCAAACACUGCAGCAAGUCCACUACCUAGUCCACAGAGCAGUGGGGACUUUGGUGCGCUCACUCCGGUAGCCGGAGGCUUUGUCAGCUUGAAUUAA